AGUUGCAUUGCUGACCCCGCCCGAAACGCACGUGUUUUCAGUGUUUAUUGUAAACAAAACCGUUCUCUACAUUCAAACUUCAAAAUGAAUAUCAGCCGGCUGUCUAUUAUCAAGUUCGUCGAAUUGGCCCUGACAUGUGGCUGCGUGGCUCUCCAUGCCAACAGCUUCAACACCGAAGUGGACCUGGGCAUGCUGGCCACAGGCACCUUCGUAGGGUACCUCAUCAUAUUUGCUGGAGCGGCUGCAGGUUACAUAUUGCAGACGCCUACUCACAAACGGGUUGACGUUUUCUUCUCAUUGCUCGGUGUCUCUCUGUUCGUUGCCAGCGGAGCUAUGAUUAUCGAUAAAUACCAAAAUGCUGGUAGGAGUGAAUUUGUGAAGUACAACCUUGCGAAGGCUUCACUGGCCAUCAUCAACGGAGCAGUUUUGCUGAUCGAUGCUGUACUCACACACCGCGGUGGCUAAUUCCUUUGCUGUAUAAACCCUCUCAAACUCUUAAUUUCCUGUAACCAUCCCACAUAAGAUAGCUUAAACUUCUUAUAAAAACAACAAUAUUGAAUAGAUGACUAAUUUCCCUGUCGUGCUAUUCUGUAAGAACAAACACACUUUUUACCACCGAAUCAGCGGUAUGAUUUAAAAUUUAAAACAAGAAUUUCAAUUCUCUCCGGCAAAUUCCGCAGUGAAAAGUGAGUUUGUUUUUACAGAAUAGCACUGCUGAUGGCUUCCAACAAAGCUGCUAAAGGAAUAAUAAGUAAUUGAUUGUAGAUUAGUAAUGAAAACGUAAAUGACUGUGGAAACUGCACAUUAUUAUUAAGACGUAUUUACCAUAGCGAAGCUAGUUAUUCACUACGGUCAGUGUAAAAAGGCGCAUAGUGUAACAAAAGAAAUAUCUCUGUAUAAUAAGCGGCCAUUUGACGUCUGAUGGCAGCUGGUUAAGAUGGCGGCCCAAGAAACGUCAAAACUGAGAUGAGAUGUGCGGCGUCGGGAGAAAUUAUAACACAAGAAAAGUCGAGUCUUAACUGAAUUUUCUUGAGAUGAAAACAGGGUUUUUAUAUUAAUUUGAAGUAGGUCAAUACGAUAAUGCUGUACAUGUUCUACAAUGACAUUUAGCUUGUUUAGAAAAGUAUCCGAUUACAUGUUACACAUUUACCUUAAAGAAAAUAGAAUAUUAACUUAUAAUAAAAAACAAUAAUCAUUCUUAUACGUCAUCGACAUGACGUCGUGCAUCGCACUACAAGACCAUAGACAAAUAAGAAAAGGGUAGAGAUAUUCCUUAUGUUACACUGUACCCCUUGUUACACUGUUCCGACCCUACUUUAUAAAUGCAAAGUCCAAAUCUAUUGAGCGUACAUCUAUCAAACUGGAUCAUAAUGUGAUAUUUUAGAUUUUCCAAGCAAAUUUUAAAUAUUUUGUAAUGUUAUAAGUACAACGUAUCCAAUCUAGUUGAUCAAAAUAAUAGAUGUCGUUUAUAAGUCAGAUGUAAUAUAGUUUUAAACUAUUUGGUACCUGAAAAAUAUAAUUAUGGCUAUGACUGUCCUAUAUACCGGAUUAUGAAAAUCAAAUAUAUAUUUUGUCAUACAUUGAAAAUAGAAGUGAAGUUUGAAGGGACCAUAUUUAAUUCUAAUUUAUUACUUAAGUAUAUACUGGCAAUAUUCUAAUAAACUCUCAGAUUUUUUAAAUGACUGUUAUUUUAUAUAAGGAAUGUAACAAUAUGUGUCGAAUAAUGUCAGUUUAAGUAGGUUACUGCUUGUUAUACUUACUUGCUUUAAUGUUCAAUUUAAGUUUGUUUUAUAACUUUACGUGAUGUGUAAUAAGGUUUAUUAUGUUUUUUUAAUAAUACACGAUACUCUGUUCAUGUA